AACGGUACGUUUUCGGUUUUAGUUGAAAUUGGCAUAGAAAACGUAAAACAACGUCUCGAUCGUGAAGCGGCCGUAAAAGCAACUGGUCAACCAACAGACUAUUUAGUGUCUGUGGCAGUGUAAAUCGUGUGCGAAAUAUUAAAGUUGCUUACAUAUUAGGGGGAAAAAGUAGAAGGUGUUACCAAGUAAAGGUAGUUGGUUUCGGGAAAAGCGCUGCGCUGUGAAUUACUGCAGUUUUUCACUGUAUCGUCAACGAAAGUGUUUGGUGUGUGAUAUUUGGCAAAUUUUCACUAGAGUGUAAGGUGCGCAAAAAGUCGGGCAAAUACUUUGUAUAUGACAGCCUGAACUCAUAUACAUACAUACAUACAUACACUCAUCCAGAUAAACGUAUAUCCACGGCAUUGGGCAGAUGCAGGCAAACAAACCCGCUCGAGUGUUUCAAAAGUGAUUGCCCAGUUUUUAAAAAAAAUUGUUUUGCUGCAGCAUCGUUGAAAAUUUUGACAGCUCGCAGUUCCUUUUCUACGUGACAGCGCGCAACAAACACAAGCAACGCAAAGCCGGCAUCAUUAUCCCACGUUCUAAAACUUCUGGUUUUUAUUAGCAAAAAACUGAAUCAGUAUAUACAGCAAAACCAAAGCGCGACAGUUGAUUAUUUUUUCCGAAGCGCAUUUCGAACUUCAUCGGCCACCAACGGCAAAGCGGCAUAGAGAAAAAGAGAGAAGCAACUAACGGGCAAAUAAAAAUACGAAUCGACUACAAAACCAAUCAACUAACAACUAUGGACGUAAGAAAAUAUUUGGGUUUGUUGGCGUUGAUGCUACUCUCGCUGUUGGCGCUCUACAGUAGUCCGGUGGAGGCGUGCAGUUGUAUGCCCAGCCAUCCUCAAACACACUUUCGCCAUGCUGACUAUGUUGUCUUAAUACGUGUGAUGCGCAAGUCAUACCGUUUGGUUGAAAACAACAUCGUCUACAAAGUGGAAGUCAAGAGGUCUUACAAGAUAGACGAGUUUGGGCAAAAAAUGCUGAAACAUGGCCGCAUUGUGACACCAAAUUCCGAUGCUAUGUGUGGCGUGAACUUGGACAUUGGCAAGCUGUAUGUGAUUGCUGGUAGGGGUCCGUAUUUGAAUAGCUGCAGUUAUGUGAAGGAGUAUCUGAAAAUGUCGGUGGUGGAAAGACGUGGCUUUGCGGGCGCCUAUUACAAGGGUUAUAAAUGCGCGAUUGAAACCUGUUUCGGCGACUCUUGCUUGGAAGAACACCAAUCGGCAACCGCCUGCAAAUGGUCACCAUUCGCUAAGUGUGAAACAGAUUUUAGUGCCUGCAUCCCUUCGCGUUACCGCACACCCGAAGGCGUCAUCUCCAAGUGUCAUUGGCGAAGAACGCCGGCGUACAAAAAGUGCAUGGCCGAUCCAUAAGAGAGCCAAAGAAAGAGGCUUUGAGGAAAUAAACAACAACAACAACAAAAAAUUACAGCAGCACAAAAGAAAAGCGCACUUUGUUUUUGUAACAAUUAAAGAAAGGAAGAGAGUUGAAGUAUUCAUGGUUUAACUUUCGAUUAACGAAAAUUGCUGUUAGUUAUUGGUAGUGUAGGCAUCGUUUACAAGAUAAUUAUUUAUUUAAUAUUAACACGCUACGUUCAAAUUCACAUGUUUGUAUGUAUGUAUUGUAGUUAAACACGCGCAGCAUUUCCAUUUUGUUCCAUUUUUACUUGUAUAUUACAUUUACAGACGUUUUGAAUACUUUGGGGCUUAUUUCUUUUUUAUACUGUAUUUUUUUUUCUGUAUACAGUUUUUUUAUUUUAUUAUUAAACUUUUUAGUAGUUUUUUUUUUUAUUUAGUUUUUCUUCCCUUGGCUAUUAUCAAUUUCAUGAUUUCGGGCACACAUUUUGUGUGCAACUUCAUUUCUUUUCACUCUUCUCACUUCACCAUUUAAAAAUGUUUUGUUUUUUCAUUCCUAGAGCUUAAAUGCAUGUACAUAAUUAUAUAUUAUUAACUGUUAUUUGUAUUUAUUGUAAUAAAGCCACAUUCGUAGUUGUACAAAUA